UAACAUUUGUUAUUUAUCUCGUGACGAUAACCGAAGAUAUUAUUUAUGUUCUGUCUUUCGUCUGUUGUCUUUUAUCAACACAAAAAACUGUUUGAAGAUGUUUAAAUGGAUAUGUGUGUGGAGUGUAGAUAAAAAAAAAAAUAUAUAUUGAAAUAAACUAAAUGAGUUUUAUAUCGUUUCCCGGUUGUUUUGAACUUCUUUUAAUCAAAAAAACAUUUUUAAAACACGGAAACAAUAUUCUUUACCUGUUUUCGGGGAAGAAAUUGAUCUCUAAUGUUGCAUUCAUAAUCGCGUGUAACUCUCCUGGCAAAUGCCAAGUGGCCUGUGCGUAUGUUGUUUCGUUGUACGUACCAAAGACGUGUUUUGUUGACAACAAUCACCAUGGUUAUGCUGUUUGUCACGUGAUAAAGCUCGACCAUAAAGAUAACGUGAUCAAUGUAGCAAUAUUAAAGGAUAUGGACCGAAUUUCUGGUCCAUAUCAUUUUUUUUACUUAUAUCUACACUUUUUCCUCGUCUCUUCUUUACAACCAAUGUGUCCUUCAGAAAGGUAUGCUAGCUGGACAGACUGGUGCCUGGCGCAGAUAAAACGGAGUUUAGAAAAUCGAUAUCUUACAGUAAAUGAUGUAAUUAUGCCCAACAGUGAAUGUAUUUCUGAGAACGUUCGCUACCAGUUUUCCAUUCGUAUAAAUGCUGACUACGAUCGGUUAGUUCGAGGAAAAGAGAAAUGGUUUGCUCAGCACAUCACUCGUCGUUUAUCAAACGUGUUAAAAGUGCCAAAUUCGUGUAUAGAAAAUUUAACGAUUACGAAAGGGAGUAUUUUCGUGAAUUUUACCGCUUCCUUCGCUUCUUGGUUAUCCAAUUCGACGAAGUACGAAGGCAUUGAGAGGUUUCUAGAUAAGAGAAAUGCGCCAUUAUUUACUAAAACUGAUAUAAAAUUACCUGUAAAUGUGAAUGUAAACGUUACAAAUGGCCUUAUUUUAAAAAAUGACGUUUUUAACAUUACAAAGAUAGAAGAUAGUUUUGAUAGAAGAACGAAGGGUGGUGAAGAUCUUAAAUAUACAAGCACGAUACCUUCAGUAAGGUUAUCUAUAACGGGUAAGAGACAAUUUAUCUCAAAUACGAACAAAAAUAAAACAAUAGCGUCAUUUAAUGAUUCAUUUAUCGCCAAAUCUGAUUUGUAUAAAGCAGCAACAACACUUCCUUCAUCGAAAUUCGGUGAAAGCCGCUAUAGUAUUGUAAAUAAUUACACAAAAAAUACAUCAGGAAAGGAUCUUUCUACUCUAAACAAAAAGUUUAUUUAUACCUCGAAUAAUUCUGGUUAUUUUAUUAAAGAUAAGUCACAUAGUCAGCCUAUCUUUUAUAACAAUAAUAGUGUUGUAACGUCUUCAUUGGACAAUACCGGCGCUGAGUUUCCAGCUUUAAACAAUGUCAUACAAGGCACGAAUGUUAAGGUGACAACAUCAAUGCCUGAAAGAUACGUCACAGAAUCUAAUCUGACAGAAAGAUUCUAUAAUAAUGUAAAUAACAGUUCAUCAAUUACUGUAAAUGUCGAUGAUUUAAGUUCCUAUGUUACAGUGGAUGACAGACUUAACACUAGCACUAUAAUUAAUUCAAUUAUAAAUUUAGAUAAUGAGUCUGAUUUAGUGUACUUUACUAACGAUACUAUAGGAAAUUGGACAUAUUUGGAUGAUUCCUUUACUGUUAGUAGUGGUAUGGAUAGAAAUUUUACGAGUUAUUACGAUAAUUUAACACGGUCUUCGAAUAUACAAGACUCAUUCCGUGACUACAAUAUAACAAAAGGUAGUAAUAGUUCAAAAAUUAAUGAGUUGUUCACUACAGAAUUCACGUUAGUGAAAGAUGAUAGAGUUUAUGUGGACGAUUCGAUUGUGAAUUAUACAGAAUUAGUUGAAAAUCGAACAGAUUUUCAAGAGAAUAAUUUAGUUUUUGAUGUAAGUAUCGAAAACAUAACGGCAUUUGUUCCAUUUAAAAACUUAACACGCGAUGAGGAUAACGUUGCAACUUUGGUGUGGUAUGAUGUAACGAAUGAAACAACUAACUCAUCUAAUUAUCCUCCCUUUGAUAAAUCUGAGAUUCAAAAUUCAUCAUCAUCAUCAUCAUCAUCAUCAUCAUCGCAAUUAUCUAUUAAUCCUUUAUUCCCAAAUGACACCACACUUUCCUUUAGCACUUCUAUGCCCGACAGCACAACCUCCCUUACAAAUAUAAAUGAGACGUCUUCAUUAGAUAAUGGGCACGAAACUUUCAACUUCACUGUUGAAUCUGUGAAUAAUUCAACUACAUCUCUACCUUACACCACAUCUAUAACUAAUUAUCCUACGUUAAGUGAUACUUUUCCCGCUUAUGACGAUGAAACUUUAUCUUCUGACGAAGCAAACGAUCAGUUUACAACAUCCUCCUCCAUCGGUACUCAACUGAAUGAAACGAUUUCUCCAAAUUUACUUAACUAUUCACCCUUCAACAACGAGCAGAAUGCAACACAAUAUUCACUUAAUUUCACAUUAAACAGCACUUUUCCCACCGAUAAAGAGAGUAGCACGCAUGAAAUCCGCACCUCCUUGCACCUAUCUGAUGAUCCUAUUGAAACAUCUUACUCGAUGAACUCGUCUACUACGUUUAACAGCACCUACACAUCAGAGAUAAGCGAGAUUUUCUUGUCUGGUGAAAUGAAUGAUACUUUAAAUUCGUAUUAUAAUGAUUCUUCAUCAUCGGAGGAUUCAUCUACGUCAUCUUUUUCAUAUUCAUCAGCCGUGUAUAGUGUGAAUGUUAUGUUAAAUCAUAGUGGAAACGGAAUUGACGAUCAAAUAUCGACCUUGCCAGAAACUGAUUCAAAUACUUCGUCCUCUACUUCACUGGUAGAGGAAGACAGAAAUAGAGACAAUAGAAUGUCGAAAACAACAAUUGAUCCAGGAAAAACUGCAGAAAAUUCAACUCAACGGGAGGAACCAAGUACUGGUAAACACCCCUUCCACUAUUAUACUAUGGAAGAUUCAGGUAAGGGAGUAUGUAUAUACGUAAAAAUAUGAAUUAAUUAUGUGUAUGUGUUCUGUUAAAGAGUUACGAGAGCGAUUAUCAUAAUCAUAAGCUCCUUCAUCAUAUAGUGUGAAUGUGGAUGAAUGGCCUCCUAAAUCUAAUUUUCUUUCACGAUUAUCUAAAUUAAUCAAAUGACAUUUCUAAUUAUUAAUAUUAAUACAGAAUGGCAUCCUAAUUGCUUAUAUUUAGACCGAAUUCGUUAGUUUAA